AUGCCAGUUGAUAUUUUUAACAAAUUUGCAAAAGAUUAUUUUGGUUUAGAAAUAAUAAUUUUUACGCUUUCUUUUGUGUUCUGUCUUCUACCGAAAGCUAUAAAAAAAGUAGAUAAACUUUCUAAAAUAUUUCCUAUACUUACACUUGCUUCUGCUGGAUUUUUGCUUGCUGUAUUGCUUUUAGACUUUAUUCCUCACAUGUUUCCACAUGAACACGUUGUCUUAAAUAAUACACCUAGUAAACACACUCACAAUGCAUCGCAGAAUUGUUGUAACCACACACAUGCACAUGAUGAUCAUGAUCAAGCACAUUAUAAUACUAUUGUUGGAAUGGUGUGUGCUGGGUUAUCUCUACUUGGAUUGAUAGGAAUAGAUCAAUGUAUAAUUAAGCACGAUCAUUGCGAGGAAUCACACGAUGAACAUUUGCAUGAUACGCAUCAUGAACAUGUACAUCAUUUUCAUUCAGAAAAUAUACAACAAUCUAAUAUUUGUAAUGAAUUGGAAAGUAAAGAUUUUAUAAAUCAAGAUAUAGGAUGUUGUAAUACAAAAAUGUUAAAAAAUACAGAGUCUAAAACAAAAGCUUUGAUUUACAUUUUUAGUAUUUCUAUUCAUUCAUUUUUCGAAGGACUAGCAAUGAAAAAAAGCACUUUUACGUCAUACGAAUUUGGUAUUAUUUUACAUAAAAUAUUAGAGUCAUUUGCAAUAGGAAUGACUCUUUUUAAUUCUGCUUUUUCAUUUCUUGUAUGUUUGUUAAUGAACGCUUUUUAUUCUUUUCUUACUCCACUCGGUAUGUUUAUUUCAAGAUAUUUUGGCAGUAACUUAUUCCAAAUAGGAAAAGUUCCUAUUUCUGUUAUUUUUAAUGGUCUUGCUUUAGGUUCUCUUAUGUUUAUUGUUUUUUUAGAAAUGAUUCCUGGUGCUUUUCAUAAAAAAGGAAAUAAAUCACUGAAGAUGUUGGGAUUAGUGCUAGGAUUUGUUUUAUCUGCUUCGUUGAUAGUUCUUACCGGACAUAGUCAUUAA